UAAAACCCGCAUGACAGUUGGUCGAGGUGAAAGUGGGCCGUGUGUAAGUUUGUACUGUUCGGGGCUUUCGACCUUACAUCUCGAAACCCGGGGCGGGCGGGUAGGCAGCUCCGCCGUUCACAGAGACAAUUGGCUGCUCUCUUCUACGCUUUUCUCCGCGUGGCCCAAACACAGCAGACAGCGCGCGCGCGCACGCACGUGUACACACACACAUACACACACACGUAAUGUGGCGUGUGUGUGCGCGAUGCUACAGGAGCCCAAAGUCCCCCGGUCCGUGGUGCAGUCUCUUAUCGGAAUGUUUGAAGAUUAACGAGGUUAUCCGCGUCCUGUAGACCACAAGCUACUGCCAGCGGUACACCGUGCGGGCCAGGAAGCGGACAGAGCAGGCGCGCAGCGUGUCGAAGGCGGACUGGGAAGAAGGAAGUCACCGCUGUAGCUGCAUCGGACAACGUCAGAGAACGGAACCAUGACGGAGAAACGGAUGUCGCGGUGGUAUUUCGGUGGGCUGGCGUCUUGCGGAGCAGCAUGCUGCACACAUCCCCUGGAUCUGCUCAAGGUACACCUGCAGACACAGCAGGAGGUGAAGAAGAGGAUGAUGGGGAUGGCCGUUCAUGUGGUGAAGAACGAUGGUGUGCUGGCUCUUUACAAUGGCCUCUCUGCCUCCCUUUGUAGACAGAUGUCCUAUUCCCUCACCAGAUUUGCCAUCUAUGAGACAGUAAGGGACAUGAUGGGCAGCACAAGCCAGGGCCCCAUGCCCUUUUACCAGAAGGUCCUGCUGGGAGCCUUUGGAGGUUUCACUGGUGGGUUUGUUGGCACGCCGGCAGACAUGGUGAAUGUCAGGAUGCAGAAUGACAUGAAACUACCUCCAGAACUGAGGAGAAACUACAAACAUGCCAUCGAUGGGCUCUUCAGAGUCUUCAGAGAAGAGGGUGUGAGGAGACUGUUCUCAGGAGCCACCAUGGCGUCCAGCAGAGGAGCGAUGGUCACUGUGGGACAGUUGGCGUGUUAUGACCAGGCCAAGCAACUCGUUCUGGGAACAGGCAUCAUGGGAGAUAACAUACUCACACACUUUCUUUCCAGCUUCAUCGCUGGAGGCUGUGCCACAUUAUUGUGCCAACCUCUGGAUGUUCUAAAGACAAGGCUGAUGAGUUCAAAGGGAGAGUACACAGGGGUGACGCAUUGCUUACGAGAAACUGCCAAGCUUGGUCCGCUGGCAUUUUACAAGGGUCUGGUCCCUGCAGGGAUCCGCUUGAUUCCUCACACAGUGCUCACCUUCAUCUUCCUAGAGCAGCUCAAGAAAAACUUCGGCAUCCGCAUCAUCUCCUGAGCACGCUGUGUGACCAACCAGCCGCUCUUCAAGACCCCCCCCCCCACCCCAACACAGCCACACCACACCCUAGCAUCACUCUACUUACUCCUGGCAUUUACAAGAAAAGAAGGAGAGAAAGGGACUCAUGUAGUUUAUUUUGGGCGUCUGUAUGUUUUCCUUUUACUUUUGCUCUAACUCCAUCUCACAGCUAGCAAUGGCUUUGAUUAUCAUGAGCACCAACUUCUACAAGGGACAAAUCCUAGAACUAACGGACACUAUCUUCUAUCAGCAUAGAUUAAUCAAUAUGGUGAUGGUGCUUCAAAUGGGGUUAUUAGAAUGACAUAGAAUAUUCAAAUUGGCUCUAGCAGAUGUUUAAUGUAGUUGUUUAGUGUAAUUUCAGGCGGAGUUAGUUACGUGACCGAAUGAGAAGUACAGAGAUUGAGAAUUCAUCUGUGACGUUCACAGACCGACUAAAUGUUGAUUUGAUCUAAUUCCAGAUCAGAUUUUGUAAUUUAUCUUUUACUUUCAGCAGUACUUAAGCCCAGUUUACCAGUAUAGUUCGGUGUCUUCAGAGCUCAAACUAAUGUGCGACGAUUGUGGCCUAAAAAGAUGUUUCCUGCAAGAUGUGUCAUAUUAGGCCAUGACAGAGUUUAUGAUCAGGGUCCCAAAUUACCACCAUCUACUAGCCAAAUGCUGGUAAAAUAUGCAAGUGGCUGAUAGAUCUGCUUCGCUCACCAGCCAAAAAACGAUGGUUAUCUAUUUAGUGGCUGGUAAAAUUUGAACAUUCACUAGGCAUUUGGCCAGUGGACAAAACAAGUUACUUUUAGACCCUGUUUAUGAUAUAGCAGAAGUACAAAAUGCAAACAAACGCAGUGUAGCCUUCUCAUCAGUGCCAAUCUUUCCAAUCUAUAUUUCACAAAAGCCGUAACUAAAACAUGAACAAAACCGUUAUGUAAUUACACAUGCUGUAGUAAUCAUUCCCAACAGUGGUGACCAAAUGUGAUGCACCCUGGAUUUAACAGUUCAUUUGUUUGCUUUUACUUAACUCAUUUAAUGUUUUAUAACUGGAAAUCAACUACUAGUAGGUUAAAAUGUUGUUAACUUUGACCUGAUUCUCCUUUCCUUCAUUCCUCUGUCAAAUCUUUAGAGAAGAGGACCAAGCUUGUUUGUUUCGUGUUUUUAAGUAAGGAGGGAGUUUUUAGGGAAACUGUGAAAUGGAGAGAGCAGACUUCCUGAUGAAGACACUCUUGGCAGUGGCUCGUUUUAGUUUCCCAGUUCCAGUGAAAUUCUGUAUGACCACUUGAUCUCUUAAAAGUUCUUGCUGUUUGAAUAGAGCUGCACGUAGAGGACUGCUGUACUGUAGCAUUUCCAUCCGUAAUGUUACUGUUUUGUUUAGCUGAAUGCAUGUCAGACUUUAUGACUCAGGAUGCUACUCUGUUUAACAAGGCACUUUAUUAAAAUCCCUGGACUCAUACUGACUAAACGCUGCGUAAAAACACAUGCUGCAGACUCUUGCCAGGUAUUGUCUGAUGAUUCAUUUGGCCUUGAGUCAGUGAAAUAAUGAAUUCUCUGUGCUGUGCCUGCGCUGUUGACAGACCUCGUCAAGUCAUGUUGCCUUACAAUAUGUGUCCUCCAGGAGGCAGUAUAGUAAUGUGUGAAUGAUAUUGAUUCUAACAACUUAAAAUGAUCUUCUCUUGGGCAUCCUGUGUGGCCCUGCACUUUCAUUCAAGGAUGCAUAAUAAAAAAGAAAAGUAGCGCCACAAGCUUAGAGCAACCUCAGAUAAUGACUGUAUUCUGCAUGUUCUUAUGCUCAAGAAUCCCUCCAUAAUGUGAGGUACUGUACACUAUUGGCCAUAGUAAGAAAUGUUAAGCCCAGCUUUAUUCAUAUGCACAGAAAUUAAACUGGAGGGACCCACAGUUCCGGGUGUUGUGAAUUUGUAUUUUGUAGAUUACUAACUAAUAAUUUUGGAAUUAAAAUACUAAUGGGAAAUGUGUGUUUUUUGUGUUGUUUCAUCCUCUAUGAACUUUUAGUAGUAAAUCAGAUUGCUUUAAAUCACACCACAUUUUUUGUAAUUAUAAUUUGUGUCGUUUCUCCAUAAAUCCACGUCAUAAAGCAAA